CUAACCUUUAGUCAGUGAGUGACUUUCUUUAUGGGAGUAAAAGGAAGCUAAGUUAUGAAAUAGCUGUUAUGUGAAUGUUAUAAGCUCUCAAGGAUUCAAAACCAAAAGGUCUAAAUAGUAUUUCAAAAGGCAAAGAUAAUCUGACGUUGCAAAACAGCAACAACAACAACGACAAAUCCAUUAAUCACUCUUUCAGUUGAAGUGAUGAAGCCAAAGAAUUCAUAGCAAAAUGGAGAAAGUUAGAAGACUGGCCAUCUGAAUAUCCACCACUGGUGAAAGGAUGAAGAACGUUUACUGGCUUAUUCUGAAACUUUUAAAUUUUGCAACUCUCAGCUGCUUAUGGAUUUCUCUGGGGCAGUGUACAGUUUUAAACAGUUGCCUGAAGUUGUGUGUAACUAACCUGGGCAGGCAGCUGGACAUUGGCACACCACACAACCUGAGUGAACCGUGCAUCCAAGGAUGUCAUUUCUGGAACUCUGUAGAUCAGGAAAAUUGUGCUUUAAAGUGUAACGAUACUUAUGCCACCGUUUGUGAGAGAGAGUCGUGUGAAGUUGGCUGCAGCAGCGCGGAAGGUGCUUACGAAGAAGUGGUCCUGGAAAAUGCAGAUCUCCCCACUGCACCCUUUGCUUCAUCCAUCGGAAGCCAUAACGUGACAUUACGAUGGAAAUCUGCCAACAUCUCUGGAGUAAAAUACAUCAUUCAGUGGAAAUAUGCACAACUUCCAGGAAGCUGGACUUACACCGAGACCGUGUCCAAGCCGUCGUAUGUGGCAGGGCCCCUUCACCCCUUCACCGAGUACAUUUUCCGAGUGGUUUGGAUCUUCACGGCCCAGUUGCAGCUUUAUUCUCCACCAAGUCCCAGUUACAGGACUCAUCCGUAUGGAGUUCCUGAAGCUGCUCCUUUCAUUAGGAAUGUUGAAAGCUCCAGUCCUGACACUGUGGAAGUCAGCUGGGCACCACCCCAGUUCCCAGGUGGACCUAUUUUGGGUUAUAACUUAAGGCUGAUUAGCAAAAAUCAAAAGUUAGAUUCAGGGACCCAGAGAACCAGUUUCCAGUUUUACUCCACCCUACCAAAUACUACCUACAGGUUUUCUAUUGCAGCAGUAAAUGAAGUUGGUGAGGGUCCAGAAGCAGAGUCUAGUAUUACUACUUCAUCUCCAGCAGUUCAAGAAGAGGAACAGUGGCUUUUUUUAUCCAGAAAAACUUCUUUAAGAAAGAGAUCUUUGAAACAUUUGGUAGACGAAGCUCAGUGCCUCCAAUCAGAUGGUAUACACCGUAAUAUCACAGGAAUAUCAGUUGAUGUCCACCAGCAAGUGGUUUAUUUCUCUGAAGGAACUCUCAUAUGGAUGAAGAAGGCUGCUAACAUGUCGGACGUGUCUGACCUGAGAAUUUUUUACAGAGGUUCAGGAUUAAUUUCUUCUAUUUCCAUAGACUGGCUUUAUCGAAGAAUGUAUUUCAUCAUGAAUGAACUGGUAUGUGUCUGUGAUUUAGAGAACUGCUUAAACAGUGAGGAAAUUAUGCCACCAUCUAUUCUUGCACCUCAAAAAAUCGUGGUGGAUUCAUACAAUGGGUAUGUCUUUUAUCUCCUGAGAGAUGGCAUUUAUAGAGUCGAUCUUCCCAUGCCAUCUGGUUGGGACGCCCAAGCCAUGCACAUCGUGGACAGCCACACAUUAAAGGACUUCACCGUGAAGCCACAGUCCAAGAGAAUCAUUUACUUCAACGACACCACCCAGGUCUUCAUGUCAACAUUUCUGGAUGGCUCUGCUUUCCAUCUCGUCCAACCUCAUGUUCCCUUUGCUAGUGUGAAGAGCUUUGCUUGUGAAAACAAUGACUUCCUUGUCACAGAUGGCAAGGCUGUUUUCCAACAGGAUGCUUUGUCUUUUAAUGAGUUCAUCGUGGGAUGUGAGCUGAGUCACAUAGAAGAAUUUGGGUUUGGUAACCUGGUCAUUUUUGGCUUGUCCACCCAGCUGCACCCUCUGCCAGGCCGCCCGCAGGCACUCUCCGUGCUGUUUGGCUCUCACCGGGCCCUGGUUCAAUGGAAGCCUCCUGCCCUUGCCAUAGGAGCCAGCCCUUCUGCCUGGCAGAACUGGACAUACGAGGUGAAAAUAUCAACCCAAGACCUUCCUGAAAUCACUCAUGUUUUCUCUAACAUAAGUGGGACUAUGCUUAAUGUACCAGAGCUGCAGAGUGCUACGAAAUACGAGGUUUCUGUGAGAGCAAGUUCUCCCAAGGGACGAGGCCCUUGGUCAGAGCCCCUGGUGGGUACUACUCUGGUGCCAGCUACUGAACCACCAUUUAUUAUGGCUGUGAAAGAAGAUGGGCUUUGGAGUAAACCAUUAAAUAGCUUUGGCCCAGGAGAGUUCUUAUCCUCCGAUAUAGGAAAUGUGUCAGACAUGGAUUGGUACAACAACAGACUCUACUACAGUGACAUGAAAGGUGACGUUUACGUGUGGCUCCUCAAUGGGACGGACAUCUCGGAGAAUUAUCACAUACCCAACAUUGCAGGAGCAGGGGCUUUAGCUUUUGAGUGGCUGGGCCACUUUCUCUACUGGGCUGGAAAGACAUAUGUGAUACAAAGGCAGUCUGUGUUGACAGGACAUGCAGACAUUGUGACUCACGUGAAGCUCUUGGUGAAUGACAUGGUGGUGGAUUCAGUUGGAGGAUAUCUCUACUGGACCACACUCUACUCAGUUGAAAGCACCAGACUCAAUGGAGAAAGUUCCCUUAUACUACAGGCACAGCCUUGGUUUUCUGGGAAGAAGGUAAUUGCUCUAACUUUAGACCUCAGUGAUGCGCUCCUGUACUGGCUGGUUCAAGACAGUCAAUGUAUACACCUGUACACAGCUGUUCUUAGGGGACAGAGUGCUGGGGACACCGUCAUCACGGAGUUUGCAGCCUGGAGUACUUCUGAAAUCUCCCAGAAUGCGCUGAUGUACUACAGCGGUCGUCUCUUCUGGAUCAAUGGCUUUAGAAUAAUCACAACUCAGGAGAUAGGGCAGAGGACCAGUGUCUCUGUUUUGGAAGCAGCCAAAUUCAGUCAGUUCACAAUUAUUCAGACAUCCCUUAAACCUCUGCCAGGGAAUUUUUCCUUUACCCCUAAGGUUAUCCCAGAUUCGGUGCAAGUGUCUUCAUUUAGGAUUGAAGGAAAUGUGUCAAGUUUUCAAAUCCUGUGGAAUGCUCCCCCUGCAGUGGACUGGGGCGCAGUUUUCUACAGUGUGGAAUUUAGUGCUCAUUCUAAGUUCUUGGCUAGUGAACAACAGUCUUUACCUGUCUUUACCGUGGAAGGGCUGGAGCCCUGUGCCUUGUUUAAUCUUUCUGUCACUCCCUAUACCUACUGGGGAAAGGGCCCCAAAACAUCUCUGUCACUUCGAGCUCCUGAAACAGUUCCAUCAGCACCUGAAAAUCCCAGAAUAUUUGCAUUACCAAGCAGAAAAUACCACAACCAUGAAGUUGUGGUGGAAUUUAGGUGGAAUAAACCCAAGCAUGAGAAUGGUGUGUUAAUAAGAUUUGAAAUUUUCUAUCAAAUAUCCAACCAAAGUGAUGCAAGCAAAACGUUUGAAAACUGGAUUGCUGUCAACGUCUCCCCCUCAGUGAUGUCCUUUCGACUCGAGGGCCUGAGUCCCAGGUGCUUUGUGGCCUUCCAGGUUCAAGCCUUCACAUCUAAAGGGCCAGGACCACUUUCUGACAUAGUAAAAUCUACAGUAUCAGAAAUCAACCCAUUUCCUUACCUCAUAACUCUUGGUGGCAGCAAGAUACAUUUUUUAGACAUGGAUCAAAAUCAAGCUGUGUGGACGUUUUCAGGGGAGAGAGGUAUCAGUGCUAUAGGCUACACAGCUGAUAACGAGAUGGGCUAUUAUACUGAAGGAAACUCAAUCUUCCUUCUGGACUUGCACAAUCAUUCCAGCUCUGAGGUCCUCCGAGAUGCCCUGGUUUUUGACAUCACAGUUAUUGCAAUUGACUGGAUUUCAAGGCACCUCUACUUUGCACUGAAAGAAUCACACAAUGGAAUACAAAUAUUUGAUGUUGAUCUCGAACGCAAGAUGAAAUACCCCAAAGAGCUGAAGAUUUGCAACAGGAAUUCAACAAUAAUUUCUUUUUCUGUGUAUCCUCUUUUAAGUCGCUUGUAUUGGACAGAAGUUUCCAACUUGGGUUAUCAGAUGUUCUACUACAGUAUUAUCAACCACACUGUGCACCGCAUGCUACAACCCACAGCCACAAACCAACGGAAUGGAAGGAACCAAUGUUCUUGUAAUGUGACUGAAUUUGAGUUAAGUGGAGCCAUGACUAUUGACACCUCUGACCUAGAGAAACCACUGAUAUACUUUGGCAAAACACAGGAGAUCUGGGCAAUGGAUUUGGAAGGAUGUCAAUGUUGGAGUGUUAUUGUGGUGCCUGCUGUGCUUGGAAAAACGCUUCUUAGCUUAACUGUGGAUGGGGAAUUUAUAUAUUGGAUCUUCACAGCAAAGGCCAGCACACAGAUUUAUCAAGCAAAGAAGAGAAAUGGGACCAUUCUUUCCCAUGUAAAGACCGUAAGGACUAAGUGUAUCUUGGCGUACAGUUCAGUUAUGCAGCCUUUUCCAGAUAAAGCAUUUCUGUCUCUAGCUUCAGAAAUUGCCGAACCAACUAUACUUAGUGCCACCAACACUAGCCUCAUAAUCAAAUUACCCCCGGCCAAGACAAAUCUCACCGGAUAUGGCAUCACCAGCCCUACUGCAACAUACCUCGUUUAUUACACAGAAGUUAAUGGUGGGAAAAACAGCUCUGACUCGAAAUAUAGAAAGCUGGAAUUUCAAGACAGUGUAGCCCUUAUUGAAGAUUUACAACCAUUUUCAACAUAUAUGAUACAGAUAGCUGUAAAGAACUAUUAUUCCGCUCCUUUGGAACAUUUACCUCUGGGAAAAGAGAUUUUGGGAAAAACGAAAAGUGGAGUCCCAGAGGCAGUCGGGCUCAUUAACACCACUGUGCGGUCGGACACCAGCCUCCUUAUAUCCUGGAGAGAGUCUCACAAGCCAAAUGGACCUAAAGAAUCAGUCCGCUACCAGUUGGCAAUCUCACACCUGGCCUUAAUUCCCGAAACUCCUCUAAGACAAAGUCAAUUUCCAAAUGGAAGACUCACUCUCCUUGUUACUCAACUGACUGGUGGAAAUCUGUAUGUGUUAAAGGUUCUGGCCUGCCAUUCUGAGGAAAUGUGGUGUUCUGAGAGUCAUCCUGUCACUGUGGAAAUGUUUGAUACAGCAGAGAAACCUUAUGCCUUGGUUCCAGCGAACACUAGUUUGGAAUUACAUUGGAAGGCUCCUUCUAAUGUUAACCUCAUCAGAUUCUGGUUUGAACUCCAGAAGUGGAGGUACAAUGAGUUUUACCACAUUAAAGCUUCAUGCAGCCAAGGUCCCGCUUAUGUCUGUAACAUUACAGAUCUACAGCCUCAUACGUCCUAUAACAUCCGAGCAGUGGUGGUUUAUAUGACAGGAGAAAAUAGCACCUCUUUUCCAGAAAGCUUUAAGACAAAAGCUGGAGUCCCAAGUAAACCAGGCAUACCCAAAUUAUUAGAAGGGACUAAAAAUUCAAUACAGUGGGAAAAAGCUGAAGAUAAUGGAAAUAGACUUAUGUACCAUAUCCUUGAGAUCAGAAAGGGUACUUCAUAUGAUUCAGAAGACCCGAAUUUAAGGUGGAAAAUGACAUUUAAUGGAUCCUGCAGUAGCAUUUGCACGUGGAAAUCAAAAAAACUGAAAGGAAUAUUUCAAUUCAGAGUAGUAGCUGCAAAUAAUCUGGGGUUUGGUGAAUACAGUGGAAUCAGUGAGAAUAUUACAUUAGUUGGAGAUGGCUUUGGGAUACCAGAAACAAGUUUUAUACUUACUAUUGUAGUUGGAAUAUUUCUAACUGUUACAAUACCAUCAGCCUUUGUUUGGCAUAGAGUAAAGAAUCAAAAACCUCCCAAGGAAGGGCUAACAGUUCUGGUAAACGAAGACAAAGAAUUGACUGAGCUACGAGCACUGGCGGCUGGAGUAGGCCUGGCUAAUGCCUGCUAUGCAAUACAUACUCUUCCGACCCAAGAGGAGAUUGAAAAUCUUCCUUCCUUCCCUCGGGAAAAACUGACUCUACGUCUCUUACUGGGCAGUGGAGCCUUUGGAGAAGUGUAUGAAGGCACAGCAGUAGACAUCCUGGGAGUGGGAAGUGGAGAAGUCAAAGUAGCAGUGAAGACUUUGAAGAAGGGUUCCACAGACCAGGAGAAGAUUGAAUUCCUAAAGGAGGCGCAUCUGAUGAGCAAGUUUAAUCAUCCCAACAUUCUGAAGCAGCUUGGAGUCUGUCUGUUGAAUGAACCCCAGUACAUUAUCCUGGAACUGAUGGAAGGAGGAGAUCUUCUUACCUAUUUGCGUAAAGCCCGGAUGACAACGUUUCAUGGACCUUUGCUCAACUUGGUUGACCUUGUCGACCUGUGUGUAGAUAUUUCAAAAGGCUGUGUCUACUUGGAGCAGAUGCACUUCAUUCACAGGGAUCUAGCAGCUCGGAAUUGCCUUGUGUCUGUGAAAGAUUAUACCAGCCCUUCACGGAUAGUAAAGAUUGGGGACUUUGGACUCGCGAGGGACAUCUAUAAAAAUGAUUACUACAGAAAGAGAGGGGAAGGCCUUCUCCCUGUUCGGUGGAUGGCUCCAGAGAGUUUGAUGGAUGGAAUCUUCACUACUCAAUCUGAUGUAUGGUCUUUUGGAAUUCUGAUAUGGGAGAUCUUAACUCUUGGUCAUCAGCCGUAUCCAGCUCAUUCCAACCUUGAUGUUUUAAACUAUGUGCAAACGGGAGGGAGACUGGAGCCACCAAGAAAUUGUCCUGAUGAUCUGUGGAAUUUAAUGAUUCAUUGCUGGGCUCAAGAUCCUGACCGAAGGCCUACUUUCCAUAGAAUUCAAGAUCAGCUUCAGUUAUUCAGAAAUUUUUCCUUAAAUAGUAUUUCUCAGUGCAGAGCUGAAGCAAACACCAGUGGAGUCAUAAAUGAAGGCUUUGAAGGUGAAGUGGACAAUAUGAUCUGUUUGAAUUCAGGUGACAUUACGUCCAUUGCUUUAAAGGAAACCAAGAAUCAAGAAGGGUUAAACUAUAUGGUCCUUGCUACAGAAUGUAGCCAACGUGAAGAAAAUUCAGAGGGUCUUCUAGGUUGUCAGGAAUCGGAAUCUUAUGGUCCAAAGAAAGAAGAGAAGGAACCACAUGCAGACAAAGAUUUCUGCCAAGAAAAACAAGUGGCUUCCUGCCCUCCUGGCAUGCCUGAAGGCCUGAACUAUGCCUGUCUCACUCACAGUGGAUGUGGAGAUGGGUCUGAUUAACAGCCCUGUUUGGGAAAUGCAGAGAUGAGAUAUACACUCUCAUCAAGUAGAUACUGAAAGAAAACUCUAGUAGAAUGAUAGACGUCAUGGUGGUCUGUGAUUCCCAAUGAACACUGUAAAGUUCCAGAGUUCCAAUCUCAGUUCUGAGAGCCAUUUGGUUUGAGUCAUAACAAUCCCCAUCCCAACUGCCUGACCUUCAGUAGAAUUAUGAGAUCAACCACAAGCAUGUGGAAAGCUUAGGAAGACGCCUAAGUCUGGAAGGGAGACGCUGGCUCUGCCUCUUGCUGAAGGUCCCCUAGGCCAUUGCCCACCCUUUAGUCUGGACUGUGAUAAAAACAUCUUAGCCAGAUGGUUAGAGAUAGAAAUAGGUAUGUUCAGGAGAAGAAUAGGAAGUAGGCUUAGUGUGGCCGACAAAACUACAGAGAAUGUUAAAGGGAAAAGAGGAAAUGACAAGUAAGUCCACAACUACAGAGGAAACCAGCACCUGUGAUGUGAGAAACCACUUGAAAAGCUAUUACUACAAUAAAACGUUUUUAAUCAUUGCUGUAAAAUAUGCUUUUGCUAUUUUCCUUUUUUAUUUCAGAAUAUUACAGAGGUUACAAAUAGAUAGCUUUUGUAAUGCUUGAGUCAGGGCUGUAGAGUGCCCAUUGGUACAAUAGUGUUCAUUAUACAUAAGUAGGUUUUUGCACAUUUAAAUAUUUUGUGUUUUGGAGGCUUAGAAUAACAGUCAUAUUGCAAAUGGGACUAUGAGAUUUCUAAGUCCUGAAGUUUAGCAUUCUGGGGUUUGGGGGUUGUAUAAGAAUCAUACUGAUUUGUGUGCUGUUAUGGAAACUAGUACAGAGAUUGUUUUUAUUUGUUAUAUCUAUUUUAUACAUAAAAUACUUAAGACUGCAUUUUGUAUCAUUAUUCUUAUAAUUAAAUAUAAGUGAUUAUGUAAUGUUAAUCAAAGCAACAUAAUUUUUGCAACCAUAUGAAACAAUAAAUAGCUAGAUGAGAACUUUUAAAACAGUUCUUCAGAGAAACACUCUAACUUCAAAAAUAAUUUUUGUUACCACUGUAUGUUAUUUAAUGUAUAUAAUAUUUUGCAUGGAAAAUAUAUUUCAUUAUCCUUG